GGCCCCCCGGUGUACAGCGUAACAGUGAUCACAGACAUCACCCAGGCCCAUUAAAGGGUAUCGCUACUCGGCCUUGCUACUUGGCCCAAAUCGAGUCUUAGUACCUCUGUAACAGUGAUCGUGGACUCGGCCCAGGCCCAUUAUUAUACAUUUAAUUUGUGAUCACGUGCAAGUCAACUUGACGCGUGCGAAGGGCGUUUGUUGCAUGUUUGCCACUUCACUUGUGACGGACAUGGACAGAUCAAAUUGAAGGAAGUCAAGAAAGAGAGAACUGACAUAUACAGAGAGGUGCAAAAGAUUAGAAUUCAGAAGGCAAUGGAAGAAGAGGCAGAGAACGGCAUGAUUGAGACGUGGGUGAAGAAGCAUCGUCUGAUUUACAUCGGAGCAACCAGACACCCUUUCAUCCUCUCCAUCCGUGAUGGCACCGUUGACCUCUCUCACUUCAAAACAUGGCUGGGACAGGAUUACCUUUUUGUGAGAGCGUUUGUCGCUUUUGCAGCAAAUGUGUUAAUUAAAGCAUACAAGGAGUCUGGAAAUUCUAGUGACAUGGAUGUCAUAUUGACUGGCAUGGCUGCUCUGAAUGACGAGAUUGCUUGGUUUAAGCGCGAAGCCAUCAAGUGGGGUGUUUCACUCUCUGACAUUCACCCUCAAAAGGCAAACCUAAAAUACUGCAGGUUUCUGGAAAGUUUAAUGAGCCCGGAGGUUGAACAUACUGUGGCUAUUACAGCCUUUUGUGCCAUAGAAGCAGUUUAUCAAGAGAGUUUUGCACAUUGCCUCGAAGAAGGCUCCACAACCCCACCAGAGCUGCAGGAAACCUGUCAAAGGUGGGGCAAUGAACAGUUUGGCCAAUAUUGUCACUCUCUUCGGGAAAUCGCUAAUGGUCGCCUUAAAAAGGCUUCAGAUGACAUCCUCAAAAAAUCUGAAGUGGUUUUCCUGGAAAUUCUUGAACAUGAAGUUGAAUUCUGGAACAUGAGCAGCCGGGUUGCAGGAGCUAAAGACCAAUGAAGUACCAGAAGGUGGCUUGUUUGGACCUUGUAAUAUGAUAUGCAUAACCCUUUACACUGAUUUUUCUUUUAAAAGGCUGUAUAAGUUUGUAUUAUAGCAUGCACGGUAUGAAAUAAGCUAUUUUAUCUUCAGAUCCUGUAGAAAAUUGGACAU